AUGGACACUUCAAACAUCCGCUACGACCCCCAUUCCCUUCCAGGUGCUGACUCCAGCCCCUUCCAGGUGGGCUUAGACAGAGACAUCAACAAGGAGGCAAGCCUCCAGCAGGGCUCCGCCUCCAUCGUCCCAGAGCACGUCAACCAGCGACAAGACUUGGUUAAUAGCUACCUUGACCAUUCUCAUUAUCCUACCGACGAUGAAACCAUCAACACCAGUCUCAUCCACAAGAACACCGGGGCUUUCAUGAUGGAUCCACAUAAAACCUCGUUUGAGCCGACAUCAGGGGAAAUCGAUCUAUCCCUCUAUCUGAACUACGAACCGUCGUCGAAUCCACCUAACCUUGACACACAUCGAUCUUGUGCUGGACAUGACUUACCCACCACUUCUGGCCCCAAACGCCGGAACUCUGGAGGUGGAGAUGAACAGAGCAGAGACAAGAAGUGUCGAUCGGAGAACCACAACAAUAACACGCCUUCCGGAGGAGACGGGGCCGGCGGCGAUGGAAACGGUGGCGGAAGUCCCGAGGAAAACGACAUCUCGAACACUCCCGGAAAUACACCUCCCCCCAAACACUUCGCCUGUCCGUUUUAUAAGCUGGAUCCCGAGAAGCAUAAGAAACGCUGCGCAAACCCCGUCUUAACUAGCUGGAGUCGCGUCUUUCAGCAUAUCAACCGAGUUCAUGUUCCCAAGCUUGAGCAUUGUCCCAAAUGUCGUCUCACUUUCCCUGGAAAUGACGGGGAAAACUUAAAGAAUGCGCACUGCCGUCUUUCCAGUUGCCUGCCCGCCGAUAUCUUGCAAACCGGAUUACUUCUCGCAGAAGAGUACAACAGGCUCAAGAAUAUCCGCGCAAAGUCGGAUGAGGAAAAGUGGAUUAAGGGAUGGUAUAGGCUGUUCCCGCACCUCGAAGCUCCCUGGCCGCUUUUUGAGACGUAUCAUGAGUUCAUCCUCCGCACUGCGCAGCCUAUUUGUCUGACGUUUCUUCAACAAGCCCAGGGUCAAAACGACUUGGAGCCUCUGGCGACCAAGCUCACCGAAGCCUUGGCCCGCACUUUCACUCCCGCACUCCGGGUCGAGAGCUGUGACGCCACCUCAACCCAGGCUACGCAAGCUCUGAACUCGGAUCCAGCUUCGGGCCCAGCCUUGGCGCCUACUAUAUUGGAUGGCAGCCAUGUUUGGCCUCUCGACUCGUCCGGCCAGGCUCCUCUAGAUCUGUCUGGCCCGAUGAUGCCGCCGUCGAUGAUAUCAGACACGCUUCCGCUAAGCCAGCAGCAGCUCUUUGCCCAGCCUCAACAAGUCCCGCCCGACUUAUCUGCUCAAGCCCAACAUCCUCACUCUGGCAUCUCGGCACAAGAACCGUUCGGCCCCGAUGCAUUCCAAUACGUGCAGCAGACACAGACCCAGAGCUUGCCGGGCUCGGAUCUCGCCGACGCUGUUCCCCAGCAAGAUUUCUCCAUUGCCCAGACGCCUUUAGAAAUGCGGGAGAGUUUGCAGGGAAUCGGUGCCAACCUCGCAGACCCGGCCCCAUUCUCGGACAAUUCAUACAUUCAGGACGACUUCUGGGAAUUCGUCACAGCUCUCCAGCCAGACUCAGGCAACUAGGGGCCCGAAAGCCACAGCUGAUGUUUUACGUUUCCCAUGGCAUGAAUUGAUGAAUGCUUAUUGCCAGCAUGGUGUUUGACAUGGG